GCCGCGUCACGCGCCGGGGUGGGAGCGGCGGCAGGUGCCACCCCCGCGGCCUCCUCCCUCCGGCACUCGCCGGGCAGCCGGGGCAGCAGGGGCAGCAGGGGCCGCUGUGAGCAGCCGUGCGUGCGGCCGGGCGCUCCGGAGCCGCUGCCCGCGCGAAUCCAGUCAACCCCGUGGAAAAUGGCCUUCAGUGAGUUUACAUCUAGGACGGUGCUCCUCUAUGAUAAUUGGAUCAAAGAUGCUGAUCCAAGAGUUCAAGACUGGCUCCUCAUGUCCUCGCCUCUGCCACAAACCAUCAUCCUGGGUCUCUAUAUCUAUUUUGUCACUUCUCUGGGACCAAAGCUUAUGGAAAAUCGAAAGUCUUUUGAACUCAAGAAAGCGAUGAUAACGUACAAUUUUUUCAUAGUACUCUUUUCUGUGUAUAUGUGUUAUGAGUUUGUGAUGUCUGGCUGGGGCACAGGUUAUUCAUUUCGAUGUGAAAUUGUUGACUAUUCCCAGUCACCUACAGCAUUGAGAAUGGUACGCACCUGCUGGCUUUAUUACUUCUCCAAAUUUAUUGAACUAUUAGAUACUAUCUUUUUUGUUCUGCGUAAGAAAAAUAGCCAAGUGACUUUCCUGCAUGUCUUCCAUCACACCAUCAUGCCAUGGACCUGGUGGUUUGGAGUCAAAUUUGCUGCAGGUGGCUUGGGGACGUUCCACGCCUUCCUGAAUACAGCAGUACAUGUCGUCAUGUAUUCUUACUAUGGACUGAGUGCGAUGGGACCCGCCUAUCAGAAAUACCUGUGGUGGAAAAAGUAUUUGACAACAUUACAGCUUGUCCAGUUCAUUAUUGUCACCAUCCACAUAGGCCAGUUCUUUUUCAUGGAGGAUUGCAAGUACCAGUACCCCAUCUUUCUGUACGUCAUUAUGAGCUAUGGGUGUAUCUUUCUGCUCCUCUUUCUCCAUUUUUGGUAUCGUGCUUACACCAAAGGUCAGAGGCUGCCCAAAACUGUGAAGAAUGGAGUCUGCAAAAGUAAAGAUCACUGAAGUCCAAACACAUGAAUCUAUGAAUUAGACUGCUAUUUUGUCAUCCUUGACAAUCAACAGGUAUUUCCAUGUGCAGUGCAUUUUGUAUAUUUUUCAAAACCAAAGGCUUGUAUUUUUAUGAUCAGUCAUUAGGGUUUCUGAGAGUCCGAAGCUCCCAGAUAACAGAGUCUUCUGAUAAUUUGAGCCUGGAGCGGCCAGUUUUUCAGCUGCUUUAUAAACCUACUACAGAGGUUUUGUUCAGUACAUUUUGUUACAUUGAAGGAAGGCGUGAGAAAUAUAGUACUCUUCAAAGAAGUCCGGUCUAGAUGAGAAAUAUCAAUAGAUAUUUUGAUCACGGACAGAGAUCCAAGUACAGUACAUUCCUUCCACUGGGUCUGAAAACCUCGGAGCUGUGAGCUUUGGCUUUGCUGCUUAUUGACUGUGGUCAAGUUAAAUUUCUUCCGAAGAGCUAACACAGAUGAGCAACACGUAAAUUUCCAAUAAGCUGUCAUGUAAAAUCACUAAUAACAAUUCUGUGGGGCAGUGCCAGGAAUUGAUUGCAGUUCUUCAUGAUUGUGAGGCAUGCACUGUCCUCUGAGCUAUUUCCCUGGCCCCCAGCAAUAAUUUUUAAUAAUCUCUUGAGUAGCGGCCACUAGUCCUGCUAGUAAGACUUCCUUGUAACCCUUUUGUUGUAUAAACUUAAAAGUAACACCCCUUCCAGUUAGCACUUGAGCUAAUACUUAAUGCACUUGACACAAAGGUUAAGGUAAUAUUGUGAAAACAAGAUGAUUUGUUCUGAUGAUUUAUGAACACUUCGUUAAUUGUGCUGUGUAACUCCCUGUCUGUUUCUGGAAAGAGGUGAAUUUGUCAAUGGAAACGAACUCUGUUGUUCAGUGGUGAAUCUAUGUUGUCUGCUGUAACGUCACUGUCCUGAAUUUGUCCUGGUAUAAAGAAUCAUCUUGGUUAUAAUAUAUGUUUAUAUAUUGUUAGAUAUGAAGAUGUUCAUAUCAUUAGCACGCUGCAUGAACCCUAAUGUCAUAAAUUAUUUUCAGUCAUCUGGUUUGCAGAGAUGGGUUGGAAGAGUCGUUUGUGAAACGAUUGGAGGCACGGGUGGUAUGGGAAUUAUCUAGUGAACAUUUGUUUAUAUAAAGAGUUCUUUAUAAAGAGAAAGAGAGGGUCAGGGAACUGAAAGCACAUACUUUGCAUGUCAGACCCAGGGUUUGAUCCCUGGCAUCAUGUGGCACAACCUGCCCCAGCAUUACCAGGAGCAGCCCCUGAGCAACAGACCAGCACUAGUCCCACCCUCAGCACUGCCAGGUUUGGCCCAAAAUAAAGAGAAGGGUACUAUAUAACAGUUGUUACAGAUACGCUACGUGAAAAAUUAUUCCAGAAAUAGGAAUUGACAGCCUAAAUUUCUUUUUUUAAUCAAUAAAGUACUAAAAUUUAUCUUAGAAGCAGUUUCAUUCUUAAAAAUUAUUUUAAAAUAUUUUGUUUUUAUAGUCUCUUGUUGGAGAACAAAAACUGCUGGUUAAUACGAUUUUGUCCAAGAAGAAACACUAUUUGAACCAUUCUAACUUUUUUAUUUUUUAAGUUUCCUUGUUAUAUUUGUACUCAGCUUUUAAGACCUAUCAUGCUCGUUUGACUCAGUAAUGAGUUCUUAUGGACCUCAGUUAUGUCACACACAGUGAUGCUUCUUGUCCAGCAAAGUAUGUGGCUUUAUUUGUUGUCACAUCCUUUAAUUUUGUGUCUCCCAGUUUGCUCAUCUGUACCACAAUCCUUCUCUUCACACUUACCAGAUUUGUAAUUAUUUGCCUUUAUGUUACCAUUGCUGAUUUUACUUGCUUGCAAUGUGAGAGGAUGAGGCUUGAGAAAUAAGGGGAAUUUCAUAGUUUUUUAAGUAAAGAACAGGAGAGCAAACUUAAAAAACAGCUUUGUCUUACUGUUUUGUGAGGUUUGCAGGGUUCCCAAGAGUUUUCUUUGUGGAGAGGAGAGGGUCUUUAAAUCUAGUCUUUGCUAAAAUGAGAAAAUGGGAUAGAUGUUGUUAAACAUGCAUACUAUUCCCCAAAACCCAAGCAGGGUAAAGGCCAAAAGGAAGAAAAGUGAAAGAAGACAAAAGACCGACCGGCCUGCCUGCCUUCCUUCCUUCCUUCCUUCCUUCCUUCCUUCCUUCCUUCCUUCCUUCCUUCCUUCCUUCCUUCCUUCCUUCCUUCCUUCCUUCCUUCCUUCCUACAUUCGCAUAAUUUUCAAUCUGCAUCAAACCACCUCUCCGAACUUGCCUGUCCUUUGACUUGGAGCCUAGAGACAGUACAGGGUUAAGGCAUUCACCCUACACACGGCCAAUCCUGGUUCAAUCCCUUGGCACCAUAUAUGAUUUCCAAAGCACCAUGAAGAGGAAUCCCUGAGUCCACCAGGUGUGAUCCAGACCCCUACCCCACCCCAUCCAAAUAAGUUUGUGAACAAGUAGCAACAUGUGAUGGAACCACAUAUGAUAUGACAUGAUUAGAAGCGGAGAACUUGGAUAUUACAUGAAAAGAAGCAUCUUCCACAUGAUUUAGUAGAUCAUGAUGAAUACGCCUGGACAGAGUUUCACUUGGAGUCUUAUCCCACUUUUCAGUAUUUUUUUGCCUUUGGAUUUGCUUAGUCAACAAAAUCUAGUUUAUGACAAAUGAUUUGUAAAUCCUUGAGAAUUUAUGUCUACAAUAUGAAUAAAUCACAUAUUAAAAAUUUAAAUCGUUAUAGGCCAUUCCCAUUUUAUUGGAGUAGAUGAUGUUGCCAUAUAAAUUACAAAAUCAUGAAGUUACAUUUCCUCAAUUAUUAUGUUCAAAAAUUAAGAACUACAAAAUGCCAUGGAUGUUGUCAGACUUGAGUUUGUUUUUCUUUGUGUAUCAUAAUAAAUUUGUGUUAUCAUGGGCCAGCAUGAAAGUACAGUGGAUAGGGUACUUGCCUUGCGCACAGCCAACCCAAGUUCUAUCCCUAGCAGCCAUUAUGGUCUCCAAGCCCACGAGGAAUAAUCCCUGAGUGCAGAGCCUGAAGUAAGUCCUAAGAGCCCCUGGAUGUGGCUCAAAAACAAAAAAUAAAUAAAAUAAACUUGUGGUGU